ACAGGUGGUAUCGGGUAAUGGACGGUAUGGUCGAGGAAGGUGGAGCAAAUAACAAUUCAGCUGAUCCGUUGGGUUCUUCAAUUGCUGUGACUUCAGUUCAAAGUGUGAUUCAGGCCAAUCAGCAAUCGGUUAUACAAAGUGCACAAGGUAGCAUACAGCCAGUUCUCACUAAAGGGAAUGUUAUAUUGGUUUCCAAACCGAAUAGUGUUAUUCAAACUCCACAAGGGCAGCUGCAGACACUCCAGGUAGUUGUUGAAGCUGGGAGUGAUGAAAGUUUAUCAAACGAAGAAGAUGCGUCGACUAAAAAAAGGAGGGAUAUCUUAUCGAGAAGACCUUCUUAUCGAAAGAUAUUGAGUGAUUUGGGAGGAACUAAAGUAGAGUCAUCUGGAUCAGACUGUGAUUCUAAUUUAGACAGUGAACUUUCUUCCCAUUCGUUACCAACGCAUUACCAAACAGUAAUUCCUGCUGGCACCCUGCAACUUACCAGUCAGGGUGAAGGAAUUCACACGCUGACGAUGACUAAUUCGACAACAGCAGGAGGGACUAUUGUUCAGUACACUCAAGGGCAAGAUGGAGAAUUUUAUGUACCUGGUGAGAUAGUUGUAACACAGAAUGCCAGUAUAGGAGGUAAUCAAAUAUUAGCAGAAGAUCAAGCUAGGAAACGAGAAAUGCGUCUUUUGAAAAAUAGGGAGGCAGCGAGGGAGUGUCGUAGAAAGAAAAAGGAAUACAUCAAGUGCUUAGAAAAUAGAGUAGCAGUUCUUGAAAACCAGAACAAAGCCCUGAUAGAAGAAUUAAAGACAUUAAAAGAACUGUAUUGUCAAACAAAGGUGGAAUAG